AUGGAAGGCAAAAGUGGGGAGAAUUAUAGUGUGAGGUUUGGAGGCGAAGGUGUAGAAGAAGAUACAGAGACCCUAAAGAAGAGAAUAUUAGGGCAUCCUCUGUAUGGACUGUUGACUGAGACACACUUGAACUGUUUGAAGAUUGAUAGUUAUUUGGACAUACCAGUCACAGGGACAAAACUCUCUUUCUCUGUGUGUGUAUGUGUGUGUGUUUUGAACAAGAUUGACUUUCAGGUGUGCUUAGGUGAUAUUGAGGAGGUUGAUAUAACUGCCUUGAAUCAAGCUGAUACAGAGCUCAAUGCCACCAUUCCCAGGUCUUCAGAACUCGAUAACUUUAUGGAAGUUUACUGCAUGGCACUAGGCAAAUUGAAGGACGCCAUGGAGAAGCCAUUGCAAGAAACAACUACUUUUAUCAACUCCAUGUAUACUCAACUAAACGAGCUCAGCGUAACCCAAGAGCCCACCUCUCCCCUUCAAUAGAAUUAUCAAAGGCAUUAGAGGGUAUGCCAUGAAAGAACAAUGUGAGCUAGGUUAAAGUGUAGUCCAUUGCUUGUGACUUAGAUGACCUACAGUAUUAAGGUUUAUCGUAGUUCUUGCUUUCAUUUUUACUUCUAUGUGUCUUGUGAUUGUGAGAAACUUCUAUACCUAAAAGCCCACUAUUAAAUAUUCACAACUGUAGUAACUGUGAAUCCUCAAAUGUCAAAUGGCUUGACUUCAUGGUAAAGUCCACCUUAUUAAGUGAAUGAGGAACUAAAGUGGCUAAAAUCACCACCGCAACUAGCACUUUUCUAUAUAUCAAAUAGCAAAUUGUC